AUGGAUAAACUGCCAGGGGUGAACAUAACGGCUGCUAACAGCUCGACUGUGGACCGGCUUCGUCCUUCCUUCAUCGAGCAUGGUGUCCUCGUGCUUGUCAUCCUGGGGGUGAUCUGUGUCCUGGGGCUGGCCAGUACCCUCACAGCCAUGGGUAUCCUGAUCUCCAACGCCCACCGUGGGAAACUCUCCCUCAUCAACGCUCUCAUCCUCAACCUGAUGUUUGCCGACGGCCUUGUACUGGCGUUCGCUCUCCCGUUCCGCGCUGCCGCCUUCUCCAAACCCAGCUGGACGCUUGGCUGGACGGUGUGCAAGACCUGUGAUUGGUUCCUGCAGAGCUGCAUGGCUGCAAAGAGUUUUACCGUAGCGGUGAUGGCUAAGGCUUGUUACCGUUACGUCUCUAACCCGACUAAACAGGUCAGCAUCAGUCUACGUUCCAUCCUAUUGGUGAUGUGGUUCCUCUGGCUGUCUGCUUGCUCUGCACCCAUCCCUACCUGGCUGUUCUCCUCACUGCAGAGAGAGACCCGGGGGCUGGUGUGUGUGCAGGUGGUUCCCCCUGAGGCGCAGGACUUCAUGUCGGUCUACGUUAAGGCGUACCCCCUGGGUGUGUUCUGCGCCCCUUUGAGUUUCGCCCUGCUGUAUUUCUGGCGGGUGUAUGGGCGGUGCCAGCGGCGCUGUAGUAAGACCCAAAACCUCCGAACGCAGAUCAGAUCCAGGAAGCUCAUGCUGAUGCUGUUCAGUCUGACGGUAGCCAUGGCAAUGCUGUGGCUGCCGCAGUGGGUGGUCUGGGUGUGGGAGCGGCACGCCGAGGAGCGAGAGGCACAGGGACCGGGAGAGGGAGGACCCUUCGUCGUCUUCUCUCCCCCUCUCCUCCUUUCCCUCUCCGCCCUGCUCCUCACCUUCUGUCUCUCCCUGGUGAACCCCCUCAUUGUCCUCUCUCUGUCGGAGGAGUUCAGAGAGGGGUACAGGGGUCUGUGGAGGCGCCUUACUCUUCGUAAACACACCCCGUCCAACCCCAAACCUGGCCCCCACACACCCACCGCCCCCCAGUCCCCCUGCCCACGACCAGAGACCUCAGGCCAGCCGCGGGGAGAAGGAGGCCUAGGCUCCAUCCCUAGCCAGGGGACUAGAGUUGAUCCCCAACCCCAGACGGAGCAGGGCGGGGUGGGGGAGGCAGAGGAUGAGGCAGAGGGAGAGAGCCCCCGGGAUGGGAUCGUGCUGCUGGACGUGGAGCAGUUUUGGCAUGAGAGAGAGACAGGCUCCAUGACAGAGGAGAAUGAUCCCAUACCCUGGGAGCACCAGGAGGGAGCACCAGCUGAGGGGAGGAAGUGA